AUGGAUACUUCAACAAAGAAAAACACUUCUUCUUUCCGCUUCAAGAGUCCCGACAUCAGGUCAUUAAAGAUCCUCUGUUCAAAGGUCGUAACUCUCAAAGACAACAAGUUUAGAGCCAAUUUUGGGAACAUCAUAGAUCUUCUAACCGAGAAGGUUGACUAUUGUGCUAUCACUACAAUGUCCCAAUACUAUGACGUUCCUUUAAGAUGCUUCACUUUCCCCGACUUCCAAAUCUCUCCAACCUUGGAAGACCUCGAGAGACUCCUCAAUCGACCACUCAAGGAAUACAACCCUUUCCCGAAAUUGGAAGAAGGAUUCUGUUUGGCUGAGCUCUCACUCAUCUUGGGUAUCAACACCAACAAGUUAGUGGACAAUUGGGGUGUUAAAGGAUCCCUCAAAGGUUUAACUCAAAAGUUCCUAGAAGCCCAUGCUUGGGAAAUGAUUAAAGAAGGAAGACCCGACUUUUGUAGUGCAACCUUGGCACUUUUGAUUCAUGGAAUUGUCCUCUUCCCAAAUCCGGACAAGUUUGUGGAUCAAUUAGCAGUUGAAGUCUUUUUAACAAAGAAUCCGGUGCCUUUUCUACUUGCCGAUUUCUACCAUACCUUCCAUACAAGGCAUGAGAAGAGGGGAGGUACUUACCUUUGUUGCCCUCCUAUGCUACAUCUUUGGAUGAGGGCCCGCAUGCCUCAAAGUGGACCUUUCGCCGAAAAUAAACUGACAUGGCCACAAAGGUUCGCAUCUCUCUCUGCCAACUCAAUUCUAUGGUACAAGAGGGAAUGGAAUAUAAAGGAUGUCAUCGCAAGAUGUGGAGAGUUCUCUAACGUACCCUUGAUAGGAACACAAGGUUGCAUCAACUACAACCCUGCUAUACUCAAGAGACAACUAGGGUACGCCAUGACAAGUCCCCCCGAGGAAAGAGAUUUCAUUCCAUUUGUCAUCAAUACCGUGGAUCCGCUUGAUUCAAACGUGAAAAGAGUGAGAAAAGCUUGGACAAGCAUAGUCCGUAUUGACUAUGAAUGGGGCAAGAAAAAUAUCUUAGCCAAGGAACCCUACUAUGUGUGGGUAAAAGAGAGGGCUAGGGUGGUUAAGAUGCCGUUUCUGUUUGAUCCUUAUUCAUUCCCGUUGAUGCCCGAGCCCGAACCUAUCUUACAAGAGGACAUGGACAAACUUACCAGCCAAAUCAAAGAGCUCGAGUUGGAAAACACUCAACUACGAGUCGAACUCAAUCGCGCCAAGGAACGUAACCCCGUCUUGGAGGAUAAGGGUAAGCAAGUCUGUGAAAAAUUUGAAGAUAGCAAGAAAAGGCUCCGAUUAGCCGAGGGACAAAGAGUUUGGGUUGGUGGAGCUUUACAAGGAGCUAAUUCUGAGCUAGAUUUCCGCAAUAAGGAGUUGGAUCGAGCAUCCCGAAUCAUCAAGGACCUUGAAAAUACUGUCGAGAGGUCGAAUGCCAUGAAGAAAGAAGCCAGGGAAGAUUAUGAGGCCCAGAUUCUCGAACUAAGGACCACUCUAAAAGAGUAUAAGGAUUUGCUAGCCAAGGAGCAACUAGAGAAAGAAAAGAUUCAUCGAAGCUUCAUGCGUGAGCAGUUCAACCUUGGACGAGCUUGCGAGCAAAUCAAGAACUUGAAGAGGGGAAUCUAUGACCAAGCCUAUGUACAAUUGCAAAACAACUGCAAACAUUAG